CAUAGACUAUAGACGAGACAAAACUACUAGCAUUGCCUGUAGUUGCUUAACCAAUAUACUGUACUUGUAAAAUACGGAUAAAAAGCUUAUAAUUACUAAUGUUACAAUCGGAAAUUCUGGGAUUACAACCAUCACAUUGUUACGGUAAUUGCGUGUGCCAAAAAUUAUAAGCAACGGACGCGCUUCGGCUGCAGGGGACCGGUUGAUUCUUUACAUAAAAUUUCAAUGUGUUCUGGAAAUGGUUUGCAAAGAGGACGUGGUAUCAUGGUUUAAAGAAUUGGAAAGCUAUAAACGCAUAGACGCGAUGUGUACGUUAUUAAAUAUGUGUUUGCCAUUUGAACUACGUUUCAUUGGCACAUACCUAGAGGAGCUGGGUAAGCGGGACUUUCAGGAGUUGCGUGGUGCUGAACUGAGAGCCAACAACCCCACAGACCUGGCUGCGGACAUUGGAGGCGCCAACACAGACCCCAGGACGCGGCGGAAAAUGGCCUUGUACGUGUCGUUGCUACGUUCGUGUAAUUUCGCGUGUGCUACCACAUUGUACAAUGCCAUGGUCAGUUUGGAGCAGAGUGGGUUGUUGAAAGGCUUGUACGGUGAUCUCCUCGAAGAAAUUUUACUUCUGUACACAAUGGCGUUACAUCAUCCGGCGUUUACAUUUGAUCAAAAAUCGCAUUUUGGUGAAAUACUAGAGAAAUUAAAAAUGGAAGACCAGAGGAUACAAUUUCCAGAGCCACAAGAUCAUAUAAACGUAGUACCAGUGAGUGCAUGCCAUACACAAUCUAAUAUCACGGGCAACAUGACAAUCCCACCACCUAACUUGUCUAGCUUGGGGCCACCGCCUGGUAUUGUGUUUGUCAAAACACCUGGGGUGCAGCCGCCUAGUACAGACACAGUGCCUGAACUCAGCUCUCCACCAGUUCUGACAGGAGCUGGGGGAGUAGUGCAAAUGUUGGGUGAAGUACCUCACCCACCUCCUGGUCUACCGAUGCCACAAUACAAUAUGGGAGACUACAUAGGACACAAUGCAUGGCCUGCAAAUAUCAUAGUGUCACCUAUUAAUCAACCACUUGAGGUAAUAAAUUACACGGCUGCUAGUGGUGCGCCGACGUCGCCCCUAGUGUCGUCGCCGGGCGACAGUCGCGCCGCGUCGCCUCGCUCGCGCCGCCGACUGUCGAGGGACCGCUCGCCGCCUCCCCCGCCAGUCGGACCACCCGACCAGCCUCCACUGCCGCACCAACUUGCCGCCAACUUUGAAAACAUGUCUGUCGCCGAGAUGCGUCAUAACAUUGGUGACGAACGAUUAAGAGAACUGGUGGUACAUCAGCAGCAAUAUAGAUCAUUGGAGAAGCUAAACGGCGUGCGACGACUGACCGGUCCGUACUGCGCGGCGACACGCUCGUCGUCCGACAGCGGGUCGAGCGCCGCGUCGUCUCCGCCCGACACACCGGCGCCGCCGCAGCGCCGCGCCACGCCGUCUGCGCCGCCUCCAAUUCCGUUCCUUCAGUACCCGCGGCCCUUCGGGUACCCGACGCCGCCGCCCACAUACCGCCAGCCGCCGCCACCGUUCGCCAACGGGGAGCCGCCUCCAUACCCGGCGGCGGCGCCGUACGCCGGCUUCGUGUCGGUGCUGUACGCGCCGCCGAAGCUGUCGUGCUGGAACUGCGGCGCGGCGGGACACGCGGGCCACGAGUGCAAGGAGCCCAGUAUGGAGGAGAUGACGCGCGCGGGCGGCUACCAGUUGGACUUUGGCGGCGCGCCGCCCGAGCCGAGCGACAAGUAGGGGCGCCGCCGAGCCGAAGGGAACUCUUCGCGACGUCCUUGUGUGAUCUGUCCAGAUUAGUACCAAAGUGUGAGGUCAAAAAUUGUAAAUAUCGACCCGGUCGGCCCGUGCGGCUGCUAUCGGUACCCGGCGUGAUAUGAACCCUUGGAACGUGAAACCCGAAGGAUUUCUUUUGACAUAGUAUGAGAUAUUAGGUAGAUCUAUGAUGUUAAUAUUACGAGCGCUUAUCGGACUAAUUUAUUAGGGUGAUGAACUUUUAUCUGUAAUGUUUAAGAGUAAUUGCACUUUCGAUGUAUUUAGAAUUUGAUGACAUUCCAAUUAUUGAAUUUCCUUACAGAACGUCUGGUAUUAAAAGUAUCAUGAACAUACACAGAUGGCUUGUAUAAGUCUGACUGAAAAUUUCCAUGAUUUCAUUACACAACUAUUACACAUAAAACAAGUCAGUUUUUAAAUAUAAAAAUCAUGUUUUGUGAAGCAGUACACAAUUUAUAACAAAAACGAUAUGCUUCCUACAGUCAGAUAAAAAGUUAAAGGAUAAGGCAGCCUCUAACUAGAGUUUGCUAUUAAUAUUUAUUUGGUUAAAUGCAAUGUGGGUUUAUACAUGUAAUAUUUAAAAACGCAAAAUGUUAAAUUGAGUGUUUUAAAAUGUAGAAGUUAUUAUUUUUCUGUGUUGAUUUGUAUUUUUUUUUUGUAUUAUUAAAAAACUAUGCAACAAGCAAAUGAGUUAUUAUAGGCAAAAUUGCUGGAUGACGAUUUCAUAAACUUGACUGGGAAAAAGUAUCUAUGAACAUAUUUGCAUACAUUUAGUUUUGCAUUGUCUGUUGUAAUUAACUUUUUUUCCUAAAUUCUAGUCGUUCUAAUGCGGUAACGGAGCAGAGACUGCUGAUUGUAAAGCAAAAUGGUUUCCUAAAGAAAAUACGACGAAGUAACAAAUCUUACAGAUCAACCAUCAGAAACUGUUAAACAAUCCCAAAUUGAAAGUGCAAUUAUUUAUAAACAAACACGAAGCAAACAGUUCUUGUAUAGAAUUUUCAGGGAAUUCCAAUUAUAACAGCAGCACCAGUAAUAAUAGUUUUAUUUAAUUGGCAGCUUCAAAGAAUUUAAAAUUAAGAUUUUGUAUGAUAAAGUAAAAAGUUGAUAAAAAGAAUUGGUACAAACACAUAAUUUGAUCAAUUUUAUUAUCUUACAAAUAGUUAACAUGUCAUUAAAAAUGAGUGCCAUAAAUUGGUGUAUAAUAUAAUUUUCAUGUUUAGUCAGUACGGAGUUUUAAAAUUAAUUUAAGUCGUAGCAUGAUACAGUGAAUUAAGUCCCAUCAAUACUUAUUUAUAGUUUUUCUAAACCAGUUUCACGCGACAUCUAUACGAUGAGAAUAUAGCUGUAGGUAGGUAUGAAAUCAUCACAAAUGAAUUUCAAAACUAAAUACUUCUUGCCACAUAAUUAAAAAGGUUGUUUUUGGAAUUGUUAUCAAACAUAAAUAUGUAUUUUAAGUGAAAGAUUUACUACAUAUAACUGUUUAUGUUAUACAAUUAAUGCACAUGACAAGUUAGUACAUCUACAUUAGUACAAAUUGAAAUUGGUAUGAGUUGAAAAUUUGAAUUAAGUCGAUUAGUUAAGAGAUUUCAUUAGGCGACAUGGUUUAUAAGAUAGUGUAUUAACAUAAUGAUAGAAAUAUUCUAGUGUUUGUUUUAAUUGUUAAUAAUAUAAUCAAAAGCAAGUGUGAAUAAUAUUUAGGAUAAACCAAAUCUAUCUUCAAUGUUAAUAGUGCUGCCAACUGCAUGUCAUACAAGUUGAUGGGUUAUGGAGUUCCCUAAAAUUCUUAGCUCUGCCUUGACUAUUUCUUCUACAACUUUUUAUGUAACACAAUGUUAUUGUCCAAAUCAUCAGAAUUUGUAAAUAUGAUGUUAACUUCUAAAAUAUUUAAUAUACAGUUGAAAGUCGAAUUGUGAAGAUUUAUAUACUAAAGUACUGAAUUUGUUUCCUUUGUCCGAAGACUGAUCUCUAAUACUAGCUAAUUAUUCGACUUGUAAAAGCUAAUAGUAACGAUGUUGACUGCAAGUCGAGCAUCUGCCACUUUAUGAUCGGGACUGUUUGUCUAUGGUGGAGGAGCUGAGUACUGCGACUGGCCACAUAUUCAUGUGAAUGUACCUAGUAGUGUACCAUUUUAUACAUAUGAGUUGAACAAGGGAUUAUUUUGAUCAAGCUCACGAAAAUGCAAUGCUCUUAAUUAAUGUUUUAUAAUAAUAGUCAUUGUAAAUAGUUACAAAUAUGUAAGAGAGAUGGCACGUCGCAUCCGAUGUGUUCAUAUUUUGUAAAUAAUUCAGUUUAUAUAAAUUAGUUAAUAUUUAGAGAUUGACUAUAUUUGUAAAUUACGUUGUAAUAAUUUGAGUGUCCCUAUAGAGUAUAUUCGAUUGUUUCUCUAUGAUCACUGUCACAAAUCACAAUUUGCAUUUGAGAGUCCCAGUUUUUGAAAAAAGUUCAAAUUGGAAGGGUUGUAUAAUUGUUUUUGCAUAAUUCUAAAAGUAAUGUUUUUUUAAUCGAGUCAGAUGAGUGACGCAUGGGUGGGUGCUGGGAGCUGUGGCUGUGGCCUGAUACAUGCAGCUUGCAGACGAUUGUUGACGUUGUUCAUCACUUGGACGAUUGUAUUCUCUUGUAUGUAUACACUGACUAUGUUUGUAGAGCUUUGUGCCUUCAACGCACCGACAAUUUAAUGAUAGAAGAGAAUAUAUUUGUGUGUCGUAAGUGAUUUAUUUAUAGUGUAACUGUUAACAGAACCGUAAGGGACUAUUAUUUUGUAAGAUACAUGAUAUGUCGCUCCUUAUGAAGGUUGUAAGUCCACAUAACGUAACUUUUGUGUUAUUUAUAUCUUAACAAUUUUAUUAUGAUAUUUAAAACAAGUUGAAGUAUAGAUUAAACAUAGAAAGAGUAACUUAAUAUUUGUAACUUUGUAAGUUUGCCUGUAGCCUAGCCCCGAUGUGGUACUGUUGAUGCAAUAAGAUAAAAGCAUUACUACUGCAUAUCAUGUUAUAAGGUUCAAUUGAGUGUGAUAUUCAAGUGGAUUGUCUUACUGUUUGUGUCUGCUCAAUUGGUUUCAACAAAGUACAUUUUCAAUGAAAUCGGUAAAUUUGUAAACUAAAAGUUUGUUUUCUACAUAGGCAACAAUAUUAUUAUAAUGGUCGAAAUGUCUAUGCAGCUUUACUUUGUCUAGUGGAGUAUGAAAAUAUUUUUUUACUUUGUACAGAAUGUUAUAAAUGUGAUACAUAAUUUUUGACAUAAUUAGAAAUUGUGAUUUAGUAAGGUGUGUAGUUUAUAAAAAAAUAUAAAAAAAACUCGCUUUACUAAAUAAAUGAUACUAUUCUACAGCUAUGUAAUGUUGUUUUCCCACGUUUUUAUAUUUGGGUACUUAUAUAUUCUAAGCUGUUGUACCUAUUGCUAGUAAAAUUAAAUUUCAGGAAAUUGAAUGUUUCGGCCCGGUAUUGUCAGACCUCUGUAUCCCACCAAUGCUGUGAAUCAUUUGCUUCCUGAGAAAUAAACAACCAAAAUCUACAA